UCUCUGGCUCUCUCGCUCUCUGUGCCGAUGAUGGAUUACCUGUCAGCUUUCCUUCAGCUCGUGUGCUCUGCAGUGUCCUGCAGUAAGGAACUGCUGACAGAUCGCCCCAGGAAGCUGCCUGGCUGUGCUUCGCCCAGGGCUCCUGCCUCUGCCCCAGGCCCUGGCCUGACUGUACUGCCUGGCUGAGCUCCCCAGCUUCUGGGCCAUUUGCCCAAUCUGUCAGGCUGGUUCCCCAGGCCCUGGCUGAGAAACCCCCAGGCUCUGCCUGGCCUGGCUCCCCAGGACUAAGCUGAAAUCUCCAGACUCCCUCAGCCUCCCCACCAGGCUUUGGUGUCAGAACCCAGCCUAGUUACCACAGGCUUUACCUUGGGCCCUGCUCCCCAGGCUUGGCCUCAGGACCUAGCCUAUUUACUGUAAACCUCACAACAGGCUCUGUUCCCCAGGCUUGGCCUCAGAACCAGGCCUAGUUGCCGAUAAUCAGGCUUUGGCCUCAGGACCAGACCUAAUUGUCCAGGAUUUGGCCUAGGGUUAAGGCUCAGUACUCGGGCUUCUCCAGGUGUACUUCCCCAGGCUUUGGCCUCAACAUACGGCCUAGUUCUUCAGGCCACUUCUGGCUCAGUAACCAACCCACUCCACCUCAGAUCUGGAGAGAAUGCUGGCUGCUCAGGAGAUGGCCCAGCUCUACCAGACAGCCUUCGUGCGGAGUGCCCGGGCAGUGGGGGUGCUCUGGGCCGUCUGCUCGCUCUGCUUCACCCUGCUGGAGGUGGUGGUGCUGGCUGAGCCAGCCUGGCUGGUGGCGGAGGGUGUCCGAGGAAUGGAGGGGGGGACCCUCGGCCUCUUCCGGUCCUGUGUCGAGACAGGCAGCCCGGCCCGGUGUUGGGGCUCGGACUUCCGCCUCCGGCCGCUGCCCCCCUUCGAGACGGCGGCCUCCUUCGUGGGAACGGCGCUGGGGCUGGGACUGGCCAGUGUUCUCUCUGUCGGCCUCCACCGUUUCUGCAGCAACGCCACCCUCUAUAAGGUCUGUGGCUGGCUCCAGCUCUCUGCCGCCAGUUGCCAGGCCCUGGGCUGCCUGACUUUCGCUGACAGCUGGGGCUCGGAGAAGGUGCGGGAGCUCUGCGGCCCGGCGGCCGCCCCCUACUCCCCGGGACGCUGCACCCUGCACUGGGCCUUCACCCUGGCCCUCAUCGGCAUCUUUGAUGCCCUCGUCCUCUCCGCCCUCGCCUUCGUCCUGGCCAGUCGGCAAGACACCCUGCUACCCGAGAACUUCAGCGUCACGGACAAAGGUAGGUAGACAAACCCCCCACCUCAAACCCUUGAC